AUGACUGAUGGUGGAUACAGUAAAUUACUAUCAGAUUUGUCAAUCCACAGUAUCAUAUUGUUGUACAAGACAAAUUUAUUCAAGGUUGCGAUUUCCGGGGAACCAGUAAAAGUGAAGAACUGGAUUCUCCAUGAAAUGCCUGGGCUUAUAACGGAGUGCUUGAUCUCCCUUGAUGAUCGUUACCUCUACUUUGUAGAUUGGAUUCAUGGGGAUCUCAGACAGUACAACAUUAAGGCCCCUACCAAACCGAUAUUGACAGGCCAAGGGUGGAUUGGUGGACUACUUCAAAAGGAAAGCAGCCCUAUUGUAGCUGUAGCAGAAAAUGGGAAAGAGUGGCAAAUUGAAGUCCCAAAAGUAACGGAAAAUCGCUUGCUGGGAGGAGCUCAAAUGUUUCAACUAAGUUUGGACAGAAAGAGACUCUAUAUCACCAAUUCACUUUUUAACAAAUGGGAUCACCAAUUUUAUCCAGAACUUGUGGAGAACGGUUCCCACAUGUUUCAGAUUGAUGUUGAUACUGAACAAGGUCUAUAA